UACUCAACGGUCACAACAAUUGGCAGCAGCAGUGAAGCUUUAUAUUUUUAAAAUAUACCUGCGUUUAGUGUGGCAUCUAUAAAGGGUUUUAAGGUCUUUAAAAUAUAUAUAAAAUUUUUCCGUUAGUGCAAUAAUGCUGGAACAAUUCUGUUGCUUUCGUCUGGAACCAACGGCGAAAUUCUUCGGCUCAUUGGGCAGUUUUGUUUCUAUCAUACUGAUUAUCAUUUGCGCUGAACUAUUAAGAAAUCCACGCGCACUUAUUGGCACAUUGACGAGUAGAGGCUAUCACUUUGAAGAUCCAGAGGGCGCUGGCACAGUACUGAUCAUUAUCCUUGUGGUCAAUGUAGUCAUAUUUUUCAUCAAUGCAUUCGCAAAUGCUGGUCUAGUUUUUGGUACAAUCAAGAAACAUCACAAAUUGAUCCUGCCAUGGCUGAUCAUCACUGCUUUAUGGAUCGCGUUAAGCUUGGUUGCCAUACUGCUUACUGGCUUUUAUAGCAGCAUUUUCGGCGUUGCGCUUAGCAUUUAUCUCUGGUUAACAAUGUGGGCACUUUACCGCAAAAUAAAGCAGGAAAAUGAGCAACGUGCACUCAAACGCGCCGCUCGAUAUGGAUCAAGAACAAGGCAAAUGGCGUAACUAUGCUGAAAAGAAAUUAUAAUUACUUAUAUACAUGCAUAUAUACAAGUGCAUUUAUAUAAUACAAUUAAUUAUUCAACUGCUGCUUUAUUAUUAAUUUUCCAUUUUCUUAACUAUCAAAUAAAUAUACAAAAAAUAUAAAUAAAUAUAUAUAUAUAUAUAAACUGACAAACAUAUUUAUUUAGCCAGCAAACUAUUUAAUUAUUUCAUUAAAAAAUCCCUAAUGAUUAGAUUUUUAUAUAUGUACAUAUAAUGCAUAAUAGAAGAACGCUAGUGUAGCGCAAGUUCCACAACUGAGUGAUGGAAAGCCACACGCUUGUUUAAAUACAUAAGUUUAUAUGUAAAUACAUUAAAAUAUGUAUGUAUUUCAAAA